CAACUAUUGUCUAUUGAAAUUUGAAAGUAGACGGCACCCUCCUUUGAACUAAAAUCCAAAAAGACGAUUGGCUUGAUUUAGUUGAUUCUUCCUUCCAUGUAUGUGAAAUGUAUUUGUUGCGUUUCUUCUUCAACAACGCCGGCGAAAGCUUGAAUAAACCAAAGUGAGUUACUAGCCAGGCCGUAUUGUUUCUCUGAUGCGCACACGGGGCGCAUGGAGGUAAGCUACGCCUCACCGAGCGCCCUUGACGUCUCCUCCGGUGACUCCAUUCCUGGAACCUCCAUGCCGACCCGACCCGUCAAGAUCAUCCCCUUACAGCACCCGAAUGCUUCCUCGUAUUCUCCCCAAUCUCGUAUGCUGAAUAUGUUUGUGAGAUGGUCAUCCAACGUUAGGCGCAUGACUACGAUUCAGUGGAUCGAGACUUUCUUGCCUUGUUACCGUUGGAUUAGGACUUACCGAUGGCGGGAAUACUUAAAUGUCGAUCUUAUGGCCGGUACUACCGUCGGCGUCAUGCUCGUUCCGCAGGCAAUGUCUUAUGCAAAACUGGCUGGGCUCCAACCAAUUUAUGGACUAUAUUCUGGUUUUGUGCCUAUAUUUGUGUACGCCAUAUUUGGUUCAUCUCGGCAGCUUGCUAUCGGUCCUGUAGCAUUGGUGUCUCUUCUCGUCUCUAAUACCUUGGGUGGAAUCGUUGAUUCAUCAGAUGAAUUGUACACAGAACUUGCGAUAUUAUUGGCGCUUAUGGUUGGCAUGAUGGAAUGUAUAAUGGGACUGCUAAGGCUCGGGUGGCUUAUUCGUUUUAUUAGCCACUCUGUAAUAUCUGGCUUUACAACUGCUUCUGCGGUUGUGAUAGGAUUAUCUCAAAUCAAGUACUUCUUGGGAUAUGAUAUUGCCCGAAGUAGCAAAAUUGUGCCUCUGAUUGAAAGCAUAAUAUCUGGAGCAGAUCAGUUCUCAUGGCCACCUUUCGUAAUGGGAUCAAUAGUACUAGCAAUUAUGCUGGUCAUGAAACAUUUGGGAAAAUCAAGGAAGUACUUGCGGUUCCUGCGAGCAGCGGGUCCACUCACAGCAGUUGUCUUGGGUACAACUUUUGUGAAAAUAUUUCAACCAUCUUCCAUUUCUUUGGUGGGCGAUAUACCCCAGGGCCUUCCAAAAUUUUCUAUUCCUAAAGAAUUUGGUUAUGCAAAGUCUUUGAUCCCAACUGCUCUUCUCAUUACUGGUGUAGCUAUAUUGGAAUCUGUGGGGAUCGCCAAGGCCUUGGCAGCAAAGAAUGGGUAUGAGUUGGAUUCAAAUCAAGAGUUGUUCGGUCUUGGGGUCUCCAAUAUUUUCGGUGCAUUCUUUUCGGCAUAUCCCACCACAGGCUCCUUCAGUAGAUCUGCUGUGAAUCAUGAAAGUGGAGCAAAAACUGGCUUAUCUGGACUGGUCACUGGAACUAUUAUUGCUUGUGCUCUUUUGUUCAUGACUCCAAUAUUUAAAUACAUACCCCAGUGUGUAUUGGCUGCAAUAGUGAUCUCAGCGGUAAUAGGCCUGGUGGAUUAUGAUGAAGCAAUAUUCUUAUGGCAUGUGGAUAAGAAGGAUUUUGUUCUUUGGACCAUUACCUGCACCACAACGUUAUUCCUUGGUAUUGAAAUUGGUGUCCUUGUUGGGGUUGGUGCAUCACUUGCUUUUGUCAUCCAUGAAUCAGCAAAUCCACAUGUUGCUGUCUUGGGGCGUCUUCCAGGCACCACUGUUUAUAGAAAUACGCAGCAGUAUCCAGAAGCAUAUACUUACAAUGGGAUUGUGAUUGUUCGUGUUGAUGCACCUAUCUAUUUUGCUAAUAUCAGUUACAUUAAGGACAGGCUACGGGAAUAUGAGCUUGAUGUCGAUAAGUCUUCAAGCCGUGGACCAGAAGUUGAGAGAAUUCAUUUUGUUAUAAUUGAAAUGGCGCCCGUUACAUACAUAGAUUCAAGUGCCAUUCAAGCUCUGAAAGAUUUGCAUGAGGAGUACAAAUCACGGGAUAUCCAGAUUGCAAUUUCCAAUCCAAACCGGGAGGUUCUCCUGACAUUAUCCAAGUCUGGUGUUAUAGAGUUGAUUGGUAAGGAAUGGUAUUUUGUGAGAGUGCAUGACGCCGUUCAAGUUUGCCUACAACACGUGCAGAGCUUACAAGAAACACCAAAUACAUCAGGUCCACCACCAGAGGAACCAACAAGUUUCUUACAAAGGUUAGCUAGACAAAGAGGAGAAGAUUCAUCAAUUUCUGAGUUGGAGUCAGGUGAUAGAAGACCAUUGUUCACCAAGAACAACGAUCCUAAGCUGGAGCCGCUGUUAUCUCAGAAGUAUGGAAAUAUUCCUUGAUUCUUUUUGACAAAUUAUUUGAUGCCAGUUUUAGCAAGGCACUAGAAAGCUCUCUGUUACUCACUAGCUCUCAUGGUUUGAUAUUAUUCUGUAAUUAGGUUUCAUUGUUGUUAUAGGUAUAGGUAUUAGGGUUGAUUGUUUCUCUAUAAGCAAGCAAGCACCUUAGUUGUAAAUGCAAUAACAUUCGACAAUUUGGACAGUUGAAAAUUUCAUUGAUUUGUAAGUUUUGUAGCU